AUGGCGCAUCAAACAGUUGUAUUGUCGGUGGCGUGUGAGAAGGACUCGCCGUUCUACGCUGCCGGAGCGGCAGAUGGUAAAAUUGUUUUUUGCACAAAUAAUGGUCCGGUGGGUGCUGUAGAGGCUGAUGGUUCAGUAGAAUAUUUAGCAUUUCCGCCUUCCAAUGACCUUAAAAUAGUAGCCAGUGGUACUUUGCAAGGACAAAUAGCAAUUUGGGAUUUUGCAAAGUAUAAUUUGCGCACAUUAUGCGAUCACACCUUUGUAGAAGGUGACAAUUCCAAUGAAUUUCAAGGUGGCAUAACGCGGCUGAAGUGGCUCAGUGGUCAUACGCUCAUGGCAGCUACAAUGGAUGGCAAUGUGAUUGCUUUUGAAGCGCGUUCUGGCGCACGCACAUUUACGCUCGAGGGAUAUAUGGCGGAAAUCUAUGAAAUGUGUUAUAAUCCACAUGAAAACGUCUUGUCAACAGUAUCUGGGGAUCAUCGAGCGAAAAUCUUUAAUAUACCACAGCUGGGCGAUUAA